UUCAAUUUAUUUAUUUUGUCAUCUGGAUUAAAUUGGACAAGAAAUUUAAUUUCUAGUUUCAUUAAUCUCUUACAUCUCUUCAUUUUAGUUGAGUUACAUCAUCCUUCUUAAAAUUUAAUCACAAAGGACAAGAACUUUGAAUUCUAAUUUCACUAAUAUCUUACAUCUCUUAAUUUUAGUUGAGUUACAUUGUCUUUCUUAGAAUUUAAUCAAAUAAGCCACCUGAUAUGGAGCAGGUAAGAUGGAUAGUGAUAGGCCCACUGGCCCAGUAUGAAAUGUAACAAAGGACUUUUGGCCUUUCUAGCCCAAAAACGUUGUGUUUAUAAUUGUAUGAUUGAAGAAACCAACCCUACCCGGUUCAUUGCACUAAGCCCGUAAGCGGUAAGCCCAUUAGCCCAAGUCAACUAAACCAAAUAAAUGAGAAGCCGACCCGAAUUAUCUAAUUACAAACGAGAUCCAGACAACCCCCAUCAUCUUCUGCCUCAGACAAGCAAACAACUGAAAACACACAAACAAACAGGAUUUUGUAGAGAGAAGGUGAAGACUCUACGCGACUGGUUGAAAUGCAAGAUCCGUCGAAUCUAAAUUCUAAGCCGCAAAAUGCGGCGGCGUUUCCGUUUAGGCCGUCUCACCAUCGACGAGCACACUCCGAGGUGAACUUCAGGCUACCGGAUGAUCUAGAUCUGGCCUCAGACCCAUACGAUGCACCGUCUGAAAGCUUCGAAGAGCUAGGAUCUGAGGAAGAUCUGUUUUGUACUUACAUGGACAUUGAGAAGCUCGGAUCCAAUUUGAACGAUGGCGGUGCUCUGGAUAACGGUCGGAUCAACAAUGCUGGUGGCGGUGGUGGGCCUUCAGAGGAUCAUAACGGUGGCGGUGAUGAUGGAGAAAGGACCGGUACUAGACCUCGACAUCGUCAUAGUAAUUCAGUGGAUAGUUCGAGUUUUUUGAGUGAAAGCAUAGAAGCUAAGAAGGCAAUGGCUCCUGAUAAACUUGCUGAAUUGUGGACUGUUGAUCCCAAACGAGCUAAGAGGAUUUUGGCAAAUCGACAAUCUGCUGCUCGUUCGAAAGAGAGGAAGGCACGAUACAUGUCUGAACUUGAGAGAAAAGUUCAAACCCUGCAAACAGAAGCAACCACACUUUCAGCACAGUUGACUCUCUUUCAGAGGGAUACAACUGGCCUGUCUUCUGAAAACACAGAGCUUAAAAUGCGAUUACAAGCUAUGGAACAACAAGCUCAUUUACGCGAUGCUCUGAACGAGGCACUGAAGCAAGAAGUAGAAAGACUGAGAAUGGCAACAGGAGAAAUAGCAAGCUGUUCAGAUGGUUACAAUCUUGGAAUGCAUCAAAAUCAACACCAUUCCCCCUACAACCACCAAUCAAACUUCUUUACAAACCAUCAACAACAUCAAGAAUACCACCACCAGUCUCAUCCUCUACUUGCUGCCACCCACCUACAGCAGCAGGAUCCACUGGGCCGCUUCCAGGGACUGGAUAUCAGCAGCAGCAGAGGCAGACUACCAAAUCCUCAUCUUGUCAAAUCUGAAGGCCCUUCAAUCUCUGUCAGCGAAAGCGAAAGCAGCAGUACAUUUUGAUUCUCAAAUUGUUUUUUUUUUUUUUUUUUUUU